AUGUCUUCGCGACGACCAAUUUAUAUCAACGCCGCCGCCGCGACGGAGCGCUGCGAGUAUUCACAGGCGGCUGCCGUCACAAGAUUCCAUCAGUCGCUGCCCAAUUAUUCUCCCUCCCCGUUAGUUCCACUGCCAGAACUUGCAGCUGAGCUUGGUAUCCGGGCUGUGUUCGUCAAGGACGAGAGUAAUCGCUUCGGUCUACCCUCUUUCAAGGUCCUGGGAGCAUCGUGGGGAUGUUUCCGCGCCGUUGCACAACAGCUUGGGUUGCCGUCAACCGCAUCUCUGAAUGAGGUUUCCACGGGCGCAAAGGCGAGUUCGAUUACUCUGGUCGCGGCAACGGAGGGUAAUCAUGGUAGAGCUGUGGCUUUCAUGGCCCGGCUUUUGGGUAUCGAUGCGCAGAUCUUCGCCCCUCGGUCAAUGGACGAGCGCACACGCGCCUUCAUCGCGGGAGAGGGCGCCCGCGUGAUUGUUUCGCCAGGAUACUAUGAUCAAGCUGUACGUGAGGCAUCGGACCGGGCCAGCGAGCUACCUGGUGCUCUUUUGAUCCAAGACACUGCAUUUGAAGGGUACGAGAGCGUUCCUGCGUGGAUUGUGGAAGGGUACUCGACGAUGAUGAAUGAGGCCGAGCAACAGCUUGGCCAACUUGGUCUCACGCCCAGUGUCAUGGUAACUCCCGUGGGAGUUGGCAGUCUUGCACAUGCCGUGGUUCGACACUGCAAGUCCAGAAAGAAGCCCUUGUCAGUUGUUGCCGUUGAGCCGGACUCUGCUCCUUGUCUGUCCAAUAGCUUGCAAGCUGGCAAGUCGAUCACUGUGGAGACAUCGUCUACAAUCAUGGACGGAAUGAAUUGCGGCACUGUUUCGACAACUGCAUGGCCGGAUUUACAGCGGCUUGUUGAUGCAUGUGUCACAGUCUCUUCUUGUGAGAGCCACGAGGCUGUCCGGUUCCUAACCUCCAAGUCAGUUACAGCUGGCCCCUGCGGAGGCGCAUCCCUGGCUGCACUACGUCGGCUAGCGACAGAGCCAAACGGAUCUUCCCUAGUUCACAAGGAUUCUGUCGUCGUUCUUCUUAGUACUGAAGGUAAACGCGAGUAUGUGACCCCACGCGAUGUUUCCGUGGAAGACGUGGUGGGCUUGACCCAAAUACUCACCCAGAUCAACUCUUCCAACCCAACACUAUCUGUCAGUGAUGGAGUUGGCGAGAGCGAAAUUGCAGACUACCUUUCUGCAUGGUUUGCUCACCGCGACAUCGAAUUCUAUCGUGUGGAGCCAGUUUCUGGUCGGCCAUCGAUCGUGGGUAUUCUUCGGGGAACUGGAGGGGGAAAGUCCCUUAUGUUCAAUGGACACAUCGACACAGUCAGCCUUUCAAGCUACGAGGCAGAUCCACUUUCUGGAGCUUUAGGUACCAAAGACGGCAAAGAAGUUGUCUUCGGUAGAGGUAGCUUGGAUAUGAAGGGUGGCGUGGCAGCUGCAUUGGCUGCACUGGCGUCCAUUAAAGCCGGUGGCCAACUUCCGCAUGGAGAUAUUAUUGUCGCUGCAGUAUCUGAUGAGGAAGAUGCUUCUCAAGGAACUCAGGAUAUCUUGGCUGCUGGUUGGAGAGCCGAAGGAGCAGUCGUUGCGGAGCCAACCAUGAAAACCAUCGCGACUGCUCACAAAGGCUUUGUGUGGGUCCAAGUCGAUAUCCUGGGAGUUGCCGCUCAUGGAUCCGACCCAUCAGCCGGCGUCGAUGCCAUUCUCCAUGCGGGAUGGUUCUUGCGGGCUCUCGACCAGUAUCAAGCCAGACUUCCGGUAGAUGAUCUUCUCGGGCAAGCAUCAAUGCAUUGCGGUUUGAUUCAAGGUGGCGAAGAGCCGUCUUCCUACCCGGGAAAUUGCACAGUUACUGUCGAGUUUCGGACUGUUCCAGUUCAGACAGAACAGUCUAUUCUCAUCGACAUAUCUGCGAUGCUUCGAGAUAUCACCAAGGAAAACCCUCUUUUCCGAUUCGCUGAGCCUCGGAUCACCAUGUCCCGUCCAACUCAGAAGCUUGCUACAGAUCAUCCUCUCGUUGAAAAGGCGGUUGAAUGUGGUGCUGCCAUCUUUGGAAGUAAACCUGUCGUCCAAAGCGUACCAUUUUGGUGUGAUGCUGCGCUUUUGGGCCAGGCUGGAAUUCCAUCAAUCGUUUUUGGCCCCGCAGGUGCAGGAUUACAUAGCAAAGAGGAAUGGGUGGAGGUUCAGAGCUUGAAAGACAUGGAGAAGGUCUUCAUUCGCUUAGCACAGGAAUUUUGUAACUGA